UUUUUCCACGUGAGAAGAUAACAUUGCAAACAACUUCUAGGGGGAUCAGUUCUUUUGCGGAUUUUAUAGUUUUAUUACUAUGAUCUUACAUUUUGUGUCAUGACAGUUGAAAAGAAGUAUUAAAGGUAUCAGUAACAAGACCUGGGCAGGUGUUGCUUUACAGGCAUUUGCAGCAGAAAGUGUUUAAAGUUGCAAGUACUUCUUGUAUGACGCUCUUGUUAAGUGUUGACAAGGUUUCUGAAAGAAAAUAGUGCUCAAGUCUAAACGCACUUGCGACUGUCAUGGCUUGGUCUGGCAUAGUGUUGCGCUUCUCUCGGAAAAAAACAAAGGUGCUGGCAUUCAUGGGGUGUAGUGAGUGGCUUCCACCCUUGGGCAGCAGGCAUGUUAGCACGGCAAGCCCCAAAUCAAAGCAUGGAUUGCAGUUUAACCCGUCAAAGGUGGUGGUCUUAGUAAAGACCACGAGAUACGAAUUCGAACAGCAGAGGUACAGCUACGCCGGUUUGUCCGAAGGAGAUCUAAAGCGGCUGCUAGCAUUGAAAGGAUCAAGUUAUAAUGGGCUACUGGAAAAGCACAACAUUCACACAAGAAAUGUAGAACACGUCGUGGACAGCUUACGCAAGGAAGGGAUUGAGGUUCGAGUAGUUAAUCGAAGAGAAUAUGACGAAGAAACUGUUCGGUGGGCUGAUGCCAUAAUUUCUGCAGGAGGUGAUGGCACAAUGUUACUUGCUGCUAGUAAGGUUUUGGAUCAGUCUAAACCAGUUUUUGGAGUAAAUACCGACCCAGAGAGGUCAGAAGGCCACUUGUGUUUGCCUGUACACUACACAUACUCCUUUUCAGAAGCAUUACAGAAGCUUUGUUCUGGACACUUCAGGUGGAAAUGGCGUCAGAGAAUCAGAAUCUAUCUUGAAGGAACAGGAGUAAACCCAGUGCCAGUGGAUUUGCAUGAAGAGCAGCUGAGUUUGGAGAAUUAUAACAGCGCACACCAUAUUCGUAUGACUGAAACUUGGCCCAAAGACACUCCUGGAGUCCAUCUGAUCCCUGUAAGAGCACUAAAUGAGGUCUUCAUUGGAGAAUCUCUCUCUUCGAGGGCAUCCUACUAUGAGCUGUCGGUUGAUGAUGGUCCUUGGGAGAAGCUUAAGAACUCUGGACUUAAUGUUUGUACAGGGACAGGAUCAAAGGCCUGGUCUUACAACAUUAACAAGCUGUCAUAUCAGUCAGUGGAAGAUAUCCUUAUGCUCGCUAAGAAAUACAGGAAGCUAGACUUCUCAGCAGACAAGAAAUUAGUAGAGAUGGUAACAAAUGAAUACAAUGACUCUCUGCUGAUCAAUCCUGAAGAGCCGAUAAUGAUUUUCAGCAUCCGAGAACCCAUAGUUAACAGAAUAUUUUCAAGCAGUGAACAACAUGGCUUUACUAAAAAGAUAUGCAUCCGUUCUCGUUGCUGGGAUGCCUGUAUGGUUGUGGAUGGGGGGUCCUCCAUAGAGUUCAAUGAUGGUGCACUUGCUACGUUAGUAAUAAACAAAGAUGAUGCACUGCGUACUGUUCAGCUGGAAGACUGAAGGGACUGGAGAGGCUGCUGUAAUGUUACCAAAGCAAAGAAGGUGCAGUGAAAAGAAAUGGACAAAGUAUUUUUUUUAAUUGAAAUGGUCUUUAUCAGGAUGACAACUUCAGAAGCAUAAAAGCCAAAUCUAAUUCUACCUGUGUAAAAUCACUGCUGUUCACUUACUUGUAUGAAAAGCAAGAAUUUGAAUUCCAUUUUGGGCAUUUGAGCACUAGGUGGACUUCAGUAUGGUAAAUACAAUUUAGCAUUGGUGCUGUUCUUUGGAAUUUCUGGUGUUCUUCAUUUGCACAUUUUGGUUAGUUGAGUAAGCAAUUGUUUAGAAGAUAAUAUCUUUUAAGUAGUGUUGUCAGCAAAUGGGAUAAACCAUUUGCUCUUCUCUUUUACUUUGCAGUGUGAAAUAUUUUAGGACAGAUUUUGUAUUCAUAAGUGAAAUCAACACCAGAGGUGUCUUGCUGUGUGAGAAUUAUGAAAAUGCAACAUAUUUAUACAAUCUAAUGUUCUUAGAUAUUGUAAACAGAAAAGUGUUAAUGACAAAAUAUUUACAGAUGUAGUUAGCCAUUCUUCACUGACUGUUAAGGAGCUAAACUUGAGGUGCUUGACUGAAGACCAUGGAAAGCGCACUCCCUUUCUGUCGAGUUUUGAGUUUUACAUCUGCAAGAGCUAUUCGGUGUUUUACCGUUUAAUCAUUUUUGAGCAGAAUUCCCAACACUGUAGUACAGCUGGGUAUUUCCUAAAAACUUCCUGAAGCCUCUUUACAUACACCCUGAUUUGUCAUAAAUAAGAUAACCUCUGUAUUCACUUCACCAACACAGAAACACUGGAAGCCUGGAAACCAUAUCACUGCCAUCUAUAGUCAGUGAGGUAGUAGAUGUACAGCUUUUACCCAGGUAAGGAACAGUGCAUGGAACUUGGAGACGAGCAGAAAAUAAUUGAGAUGUUUCAUUUUCUCUGCUGAGUAUUUUUAUGUCUGUGUAUGCAUACAAACUGGUGUUCAAAUGAUUUAAUAAAGACAAUACAUUUUUCAUCUUUUGUUAGAAGGAUGAAGUCACGCAUGUUGCCCAAAGAUACAGCAGCAAGAAGGAAAGCUGUAUGUUUACUUACAAGCCUUUUAUGUCCAAUUUAACGUGCAAGAAACAAUUUUUAAUUAUAUUUCAGACUACUACCUCAGUACUGUACCAGCACAAACUUGAAUGAAGAUGGCAACUCACACAGAAAUAUAUCCUUUGUUCUUAGUGCUUUGUUAGUUUCGUACAUUAAUAUAGAAUAAUGUCCAUUUUAAUUGACUGUCCUGUCUUGGUAAGCAGUUUGCUUUUUUAAUUCUGAAGCACAAGAAGUCAGUAAAAUAUCUUUGUUAAAAUUGUGAAUCCAGAAAUCUUGAGGGCAAUUGACCCUUCUGUACUUGAUUCUAUGCCUGCAUAAUUUUAUCAGUGUGCUAAAUGCUCCAAUGUCUGUCUUUUGUUUUACAUGUUGCACUAGCCUGGCUACAGCUUGCUUGGUGAUAGCCGCUUAGGAAUAUAUUACUUUUCUUCCAUAGUUUGUAGGACUGUCAUAGUGCCUUAGAGAGUUUUGUAAAAUAUUUGCUAUUGGAUUAUAUAUAUAAAAUAGUCCUCCUGUAAAGAGUGGUGUCUCACUGUGGUAUAUGCUUGAGUUUUUUGUUUGAUGGCUGAAGCCAAUUAGUCAGCAAAGAGAUGCACAUAUAUGAACCCAGCCAUUUACCCUGCAGUGAAUUCUUUAUAUAAAGAGCUGAAGUGGAUGAUGAUAGUUGAAAUGAAAGAGCGGGUCUUCAUUUAUUUAUGGAGUCAUGUAGUGUCUUCUAUCUAGUAAGCGGAAAUAACUUUGCUUUAUUGGUUUUAUAAAUCUUUUGCAUUUAUUUCUGAUGUUUUACUUGUGGUAAAAGUGUUCUGGAUUAAUAAUUUAAGGGGCAUCAUAUUUAUAAAUAAUUGAGAAUUAGCCUUCUGUGCAUGGCCAAGAACCUACUGUUGUAUGUGAAAUAAUUUCAUGAAGUUUUGUAGAUCUGCAUCUGGCUGUAAGCAAAACUACUUAAUCUGUAUCGCAGCUGUGUUAUGCUGAUCUUUUAGCAGAAAAAGAGGAAGCUCAGUUGUAUUAUUUUAAAAAAUAUAAGUCGGAGUUUGCUACCAUGUGUAAUCAUAUAUCAUUUAGUUGUGGUGACCCAUGCAGUAUGUACAAAUGAUCCCUUAAGGACAUACCAGUGUUUCCGCUACAUAUCUUCUGAGUGUCCUUAACCUUAAUGUUUAUGGACAUCAUGCUUGAUUUUAAGCUUUGUGUUUCUAAGGUAUAACCAAACAAUCCACUUAUGCUGUACUGAGAGUGAGUCAGAAACAAGCCAAGAUGUGGCAUGUCUACAGCUAGCGAGAUUUGGCUUUAUUGGCCUGAAUGUCCCUAUAAAGACAUAAAAUUAAAAAGUCACAAGCAUUCAAAAGUCACACAGGUGAAAUAUUAGGAUGCCCUUAUAGGGUCAUUUGCAUAUAGCCCAUGGGCCUCCACUACAGGAGAUGUAAGGUGAAGAUACUUACUUGUCUGGGUCUUUCUUGCAGUAUUUACUGAAUGGUUUGUCUGUGUGACCUUUUAACCCAGUGUUGAUAUUACUAGUUAUUUAGGACACACAAAUAUUUUGAAAAUGUAUUUCCAGAAAGAAAGUCAGGCUCCUGGACUGCAGAAUGGUGUGUGUACUGGGCAAGACGUUGUACCUAAUCAUGAAUCUUCUGUGAAUAAUUGUGAAAUUGUUGCAUUGCUUUUUUCUGAGAAACAGUAUUUAUAAAUUCAGGGGUGAGAUUGCAUCUGGCACCUAAGGAAAGCUGCAAGAUGAUACCUUUCCAUAUUUUGCUGGUUUUGACACAUGCUAAAAUGUAUUCUUAAGAGCAUGUUUUCUACUUGCAAAAUUAUAACAUUGACGUAUAUAAAUAAAGCCCGACUCGUUUGUGUUCUC